CACGUUGCGCACGUGGACCGGGUGGAGGCGACCACGCCACACCCAGCACACGCAGGCCAAGCCCUCACGCGGAAGGAACAGAUUGUGUAACAGCUGAAGAAGCGGAGCUUCACCAGUUGCUCCCUCCGUGUGCCUUAUCCACUGCACCCACCAUGCCGGGGAGUGAGCGCACUCAGCCGCCCUUCCGCGCGUCGGCGCCGGCGAAUUAGUGGAGGGGGUUCGAAUGUGAAGUGGAUGUUUUUUCCCGUAGUUGUCGCAACUUUUUUCGGGAGGCAUGAGAGGCGCGUGUGUGGCUCUUAAAAUGGGAUUGUUUUUGCACAACGCCGCGCCUGUCACCCCCACGGCCGCCACCACGGAAAGGAACCUGCUGCUCUGUGAAGGUGUAAACAACCAGAGCUACAUGUGCGAGUCAGGUCACUGCUGCGGAGAAUCUCAGUGCUGCAGUUACUACUAUGAGGUCUGGUGGUUUUGGUUGGUGUGGGCCAUCAUCUUCAUUUUGAGCUGCUGCUGUGUGUGUCACCACCGGCGCACCAAACACAGACUGCAGCAACAGCAGCGACAGCACGAGAUCAACCUCAUUGCUUAUCGUGAAGCACACAACUAUCCCUCAGUGCCCUUCUACUUCAGGUUUCUACCAAGCUACCUCCUGCCAGAUUAUGAAGAAGUAGUGAAUCGGCCGCCUACCCCUCCCCCACCAUAUAGUGCCUUACACACAGGACCAUCCACAGCAACCUCACAGCCUCAUCCUGAGCAGCAGCAAGAACAUUGUCCUGCCACUCAACCCAUGCCAGUUCCUCCAGACUCUGAGCGCCAUUGUAGCAGACCCAAUUCGGAAGCGCAACGACCCCCCCCUACUUUAGAUUUAAGUCCCAAGGCGGACAACAAGCCGGUGCAGACCACACAAGACUCGAGCAUGAUACUUUUGUCCGAGGGGCUCAGUAGAGAGGGACUCGAACAAGAGGAGAAAAGAAGCGACUGCAAGGAUCCUCUUCUGAAGGAUUUGUCCGAUGACAAAGAUCGACUCCCUAAUGGCAGACGGCGACGAUUCACCGGGGACUCCGGGAUUGAGGUGUGUGUGUGCGGCUCACGCGGGAGCAACGGUUGUGGUGGAGCAGGCAGCCAAGAAGGUAAGGAGUUGCGGGAGCUGGACAGCCUUCUGGGCCGCGAGGGAGACGAGGAGGAGGCUGGAGACUUCUGUGACAGCUGUGUUCAGCGGUCCUCCUUCACCGUGGAGGAAGAGCAGGCGCUGGGCGCCUCGGAGAGGAGAGCAGCAUCAGGAUCCUCUCAGACGCCUCACCACACAGGCAGCGCCUCACCGUACCCUCCGGUGUGUCUCCUCCUGCACACCAUCAGCGAGCAGGACGGUCCUUACCAAAGCACCAGCACUGAGGCGCAGGGUUGAAAGACACCUUGGUAACCGCAACAAAGGAUGUAGAAACCUUAUAUGUGUGUCAAGACUUUUAAAAGGUGUGGUGCAGAUACCCUGUAGAGCUUCAAAGCUAGGACUGAGUGAUAAGAAAACAGCCCUAAUACACACUGGAACAUGAAGCAGCCUUAGUUAGACAGGAGACCUCUUCUGAAGCAGCUCGGUCAGUGGCUUUGAACCCUUUUGCACACUUGACACAUGCCAAAGACUAGACCACUAGAACAGAAACGGGAAGAUGGCUAAUCUCAUUAGGUGUAUACAACUAAUUGCAACCGUUUCUAUUCGCCUGUGUCACACAUUCGACAGGUCCUUCCAGCAUAAAUGUGUGUUUGAGCAAGCAAGAACAUCUGACCUGCACCCAAAAGUGCUUUUUUUCCCAGCAUUUUCUCAAAAACUAAAUCUGCUUGGGUCCUAUUUCUUGCGCUCUAUCUGAACCACUAGUUAAAGUGCAUUAACAAGUCGUCAUACGAUGAGCAGUUCCUAUUUUGCACAAAUUGUAUUUAUAUUUUAUAAAUUAAGCUUUUAACAAAAAAGACCAUCAUUCUGUGUUUCAUCAGUCUUAUAUGGUUCAUUUCAAGACUGGAAUGGAACAGAAUAGUCACUUGUUGGGUCCUAAAUGGUCUUUUUUGGUAACUUUAUGAAUGUUAGCAAUAUGUGCCUACAAGAAAAACUGACAAGGAGAUCAUGUACCAAAAUAAUUCUUACAGAUACUGAUGAGGCGGACAUUACUUUCGCUCACAUAAACAGAUGAUCAUGUUCACCAGCUGCAGCGUAUAAAAGCACUGAUCUCAGUGGCUGCAUUUACAGUUAUUAUAUAUUAUAUUAACGGACUUACCGUAUCGUUCUCCUACAGUGGUAUUCAGAAGUUACUGUCAUUUAACAGCAAGUGCGUGCAUAAGCCAUAAUUUGCACAAAACGAUGCUAAACAUUUUGCCCGUCUUCUAAUGUGUGCUGUUUAAUAACCUGAGGGAUGAAUUGUGCCUUUUUAAAGGGUGCUGAAAGCUUUUUUUUUUCUUUCACCAUGCUUCAAAUGGUGUUAAUGUCUUACUGGACUUGUCAUGAAGGUUGUAGUAGUAAUCCUCAAUAUAGUACACAUGGCACAAAAUGGUACAUGGCAAAAAGACUCUGCAUCUUAGAAAUCGUACAGAAGAUACAAAACCUGUUAAUAAAAUGACUCAAUUGUGCAAAUAUCCUAUCCGUGAAUACAAUGCAUCCGCAAAGUAUUCACAGCAGUUCACUUUUACCACGUUAUGUUACAGCUCUAUUCCAAAAUGGUAUAAAUUCAUUUUUGUACUUAACAUUUUACACACAAUAUCCAAUAAUGACAAUGUUAAAAGUUUUUAUUUUAUUUUAAAAAUUGUAUUAUAAAUAAAAUGCGAAAAAGUCACAUGUACACAAGUAUUCCCAGCAUUUGCUAAAUAUUUUGUUGAUGCCCCUUUGGCAGCAAUUACAGCCUCAAGUCUUUGAAUACAAUGCCACAAGCUUGGCACACCUAUCUUUUGGCAGUUGCGUGCAUUCCUCGUUGCCCAUUCUUCUUUGCAGCACCUCUCAAGCUCCAUGAGGUUGGAUGAGAAGUGUUGGGUGUCAUCCUGGAUGUCUCUGUAUUCAUCUUUCCCUCUGUCCUGACUAGUCCCCCAGAUCCUGCCACUGAAAACCAUCCCCACAGCAUGAUGCUGCCACCACCAUGCUUCACUGUAGGGGUGGCAUUGGCCUGGCAUUCACCCCAAAGAGUUCAAUCUUUGUCUCAUCGGACCAAAGAAUUUAGAUUCUCAUGGUCUCGGUGAUCUUUUUAGGUGCUUUUUGGCAAACCUUAUAACAAGAAAUGGCUUCCACUAUACAUAUACCAUACAGGCCUGAUUGCUGCAGAGAUGGUUGUCCGUCUGGAAGGUUCUUGCUCCACAGAGAAAUGCUGCAGCGCUGACAGAGUGACCAGUGGGUUCUUGGUCCCUGACUAGACUAAGAUGAAUGCAGCAAUGUACAGAUACAUCUUGGAUGGAAACCAACGCUUCCCAUCCAACCUGAGGGUGCUUGAGGUGCUGCAAAGAGGACUGUGCAAAACUGCCCAAAGAUAGGUGUGCCAAGCUUGUGGCAUCGUAUUCAAAAAGACUUGAGGCUGUACUUGCUGCCAAAGGCACAUCAACAUGUACAUUGUCAUUAUGGGGUAUUGUCUGCAGAAUUUUGAGAACAAAAAUGAAUAAGGCCGUAACAUAAAAUUUGGAAAAAGUUUGAUGCCGUGAAUAUUGUCCAGAUACACUGUUUUCCUCGCAGUUUAAACGUGACCAUACAAAAAGCACAUGGUCAUGUGUCAAAUACAAAUGAACUGUACCCUAACAGAAUCUCCCACCAACUGCGAGAUGAAUGUGCAUGGAAAACAUAUUUGUUACAAAUAGUGCAUCUGAGAUACAAAUGAACUGUACCCUAACAGAAUCUCCCACCAACUGCGAGAUGAAUGUGCAUGGAAAACAUAUUUGUUACAAAUAGUGCAUCUGAGAUAAGCCCCAGUCGAAAUUGGAAAGGAUUUUUGCAGACCGAGCAUUUAGCAAACUUUACAAAGCACAAUGCUUUCAGCUAAUGUAAAAGUAUGCAUACUCUGAAACACAGAAGCCCCUUCUCAAAGCGCUGUCUGUUUUAGUACCGUUAAUUGUGUGAUUCCAUAUCAUUUUACCCAUCAACAUUGGCCUUGACAUACACAUUGUUGUUGUGGUACAAGUAUAGUAGUGUAAAGAGGUUUUUUUCUAUUGAUAAUUAAAAAAAAAAACUGUCAUAUUAAAAUUUUAAAAAAUGGUGUACAAUGACAGGACAUGGUCUAGCCAAACAUGAAAAUAAAAAGCAAUAGCUUUAUUUGUGAAGGGUACACCAUGAUUGAACAUGCAUGUUUGAAGCACAUUAGGAGAAAUCAUGCCAAAGACUUGUUUUGUUCAUCAUUGUGUGGAAGUGCACAUAUCCUUUGAAUGUCAACUACGCCAACAUCAACCAAGGUGGAUGUACUUUCAAUAAACAUUUCGAUUUAAUCUGA